CUAUUGAUGGCUAGAAACAGUGGAGAUCUAAAGCAACGAGUAGAAUAGAUUUGCAUGUGUGUAUAUGUGAUUCUAUGAACGUUUCAGGUACUCAGCAGCUUACUUGUUAGCAUGGAUUCCUUGAGUGCAACGACAGAAGACUAUUGGCCAGACGACUAUGACUACAGCAACUCUCCAGGCACUGACAAGUCUGCUUCUCCUUGUUUCCAUGACGACAUCUGGGGCUUCGGACGGAGCUACUCCCCAGUAGUCUACAGCAUCGUCUUUGUGCUGGCGCUGGUGGGUAAUACACUGGUCCUGUGCGUUGUCCGGCGCUACCGCAACUCCCAGAGUGCCGGGGCCUGUUCCUACUCCCUCACGGACACCUUCCUCCUUCACUUGGCGAUCUCCGACCUUUUGUUGGCCUUCACCCUGCCCCUCUUCGCUGUCCAGUGGGCCAAGGAGUGGGUGUUUGGCGAGGCAGCCUGCAAGAUCUCCGGUGCCCUCUUUUCCCUCAACCGCUACAGUGGCAUCCUAUUCCUGGCCUGCAUCAGUUUUGACCGUUACCUCGCAAUCGUCCAUGCUGUCAGCACCGGCUGGAAGCGCAACACCUGCCAUGCCCAGAUCGCUUGUGCGCUGAUCUGGACAGUGUGCCUCGCCCUUAGCGGGGUGGACAUUGCCUUCAGAGAGGUUGUGAAGGGCUCAGGCCAGAAGGAGUUCCUGGUCUGCAGGACCUGGUUUACUCAGAGCACCAUGCAGUGGCAGGUAGGGCUGCAGCUGGUUAACUUGAUGCUGGGAUUUGGGCUCCCCCUAUUGGUCAUGUUGUACUGUUACAUCCGUAUAUUCAAGUCCCUGUGCAAUGCCAGUCGGCGCCAGAAACGGAAGUCCCUUCGCCUUAUAGUCUCCCUUGUGUCUGUGUUUGUGUUCUGCUGGGCACCUUUCAACUGCUUCCAGUUGGCGGACAGCCUGCAGAAGUUGGGCGUGAUAGGUGAAGUAGGGUGCCUGUUUGGACGUGUAGUGGACUUUGGGACAAUGGUGACCGAGAGUUUGGGGUUAUCUCACUGUGCCCUAAACCCCCUGCUGUAUGGCUUUGUGGGGGUCAAAUUCAGAAGGGAGCUGGCUAAGAUGUGUAAAGAGUUACUGGGGAAGAGGGGUUGUCUGGGGAUGGAGGGAUGGGGACCGAAGAGAAAACGAAGAACUACCGUCUCUUGCAGUUCAGCCGAGAGCGAGAACACGUCUUACUUUUCUGUCAUGGUGUGAAAUCAGAAAUGAGGGGUUGUGGGGGAGAGAGAGGAAGUGGUUUGAUAAAAGCUCAAAAGGAAUACGGAUGGAUUUUGUAAGUAACAAAAUGGAGGAAACAAAACUGUCUUGAGUGAAAAGGUUACACCAUAACCUACACAAGUUUCUCAAAAAAAUAUAUUCUUAUUUUUUCAGUUUCAUUCAGGAUUAUUCCAUGGAGAUGUGACUAGGGCUGGUAUUUCUCUUACUUUUCUAAAAAGAUAAUCAAAUCAUGUAUUCUGAAACUUUGUAAGAAGGGUGAUGACUGAUCUGAGAAUUGUUCUAAAAGUAAACUUUUCACACUCAAUGUCUGUUUAGUCAAGUGCGAUUUCAUAUGGAAGGCUACACAUGAACAGCCAUGGCAAUGUUUAAGCUAAGUUUAAAAUGUGUUUGUCAGAUUGUUCAACUAUAAUUGAUUUGAAAUGCAUUUUCUUAAAUAAAAGCUUUA